UGGGAGCUCCCCGGGAGUGACGCGCCUGGCUCGCGGGGUGUCACCCCCUGGGGAAAUGGAAUAUCAGGCUAACACCUGGAUACUUACCCUAAACACUCUGCAAGAUUCAACACACUGGAAGAGAACGCACAUUCCACCUUCCAUGUCAGAUUUGUGUGCUUAAGAGAAUAACAUUCACAGAUACUCCACUUGAAUUGGUAUUUAAACAUUGGCUUGAGUGGUAAAGCAAAGCUGGAAUCGCUUUCUGGUCAGAUGCUGGUGAACCGUGAGUGGUUUAACUUGUGACUUGCGCUCAGACAGUCAAGUCAUUUACCAAAGCCGCCUUGUGCAUUGACAAACCAUCUCGGCCUCUGUCAAAUGAAUUUUUUGUUGUUGGCUUUAAAGGCGUUACAAAGAAAGCCCUGUUUCCCGGAGAGCGCGAGAGGGAUGUGUAGAUGUGAAGCCCAGUUCAGUGAAACAUUGAUGCAAUUGUGUCCAUCCCAAAAAAGUUGGAGACGCGUCUUUCCUUUUUCGUCAGCGUUUUAGAAUUCUGUGGCCAUCUGACUUUGCUCUCUAGCCGCUGAUAUUGGUGAAGCUUUAAAUAUGCUACUGGCUAUCAGACAGGAAAAGGCCAAGAAGCAGCAGGAUCGUCUUAUUAACAAUGACCCGAGAUCCGCGAGGCGCUGGCAAUGUGUUUUAUAACAUUUCCAGCAAAACUUUUCAUUUAAUCCUUUCAUCGCUGUGGGCAAAAUAUUCUGGUUCAAUUAUAUAUAUAUUUAAAAUCAUCAUUGAGAUGUGGUCAAGUCAAACAACAUGCCAAUAUAGAAUGAUCUCAAAUACAAACGACUAUUGAGAGAGACCAGUCACUGUUUAUCCUCCAACCCUCCUAACACCACGGGGCUUCCCCAGAUUUCUUUAUCCCACCUUUCAGCAAUCGUGGAGCUAACCCUAUAUUAAAUGUUGACACAGGCACCAUUCUUCAGUUGGCUACGAGAAAUCAACUGCCCUCCUUAUCUGGAGGUGAAAUUGUAUGGGAUUGUUUUAGCAAGAAGAUGCGUUGUAAAAACCUGACCUCCAUCCUGCGGAUUGUGGGGACAACUCUAUUCGGUCUUGCUCUUUUGCUGGGAAUCGCAGCUGCCUAUAUCGUAGGAUAUCAGUUCAUAGCCACAGACAAUUAUUACUUUUCCUUUGGACUCUAUGGAGCAAUUCUAGCCCUGCAUCUCCUGAUUCAAAGCCUCUUUGCAUUCUUGGAGCACCGGAAAAUGAAGCGCUCCCUGGAAACCCCCAUCAAAUUAAACAAAUCGGUCGCUCUGUGUAUUGCUGCCUACCAAGAAGAUCCUGAUUAUCUGAGGAAGUGUUUGCUGUCCGUCAAAAGGCUGACCUACCCAGGGAUGAUCGUCAUCAUGGUUAUAGAUGGGAACAGUGAAGAUGAUCUGUACAUGAUGGACAUCUUUGGCGAGGUCAUGGGGAGGGAGCGAUCAGCCAGCUUUGUGUGGAAGAGCAACUUCCACGAGAAGGGCCCAGGUGAAAGCGAUGAGUCCCAUGGGGAGAGCAUGCAAUAUCUCACAAGGCUGAUCAGGUCUAACAAGAGCGUGUGUGUAAUGCAAAAGUGGGGAGGCAAGCGAGAAGUGAUGUACACUGCAUUCAAGGCACUGGGACGCACUGUGGAUUAUGUGCAAGUAUGCGACUCAGAUACGAUGCUAGAUCCUGCAGCAACUGUGGAAAUGGUAAAAAUUCUGGAGGAGGAUCCAAUGGUCGGAGGGGUUGGUGGUGAUGUUCAGAUUCUCAACAAAUAUGACUCCUGGAUUUCAUUCCUUAGUAGCGUCAGGUAUUGGAUGGCGUUUAACAUUGAAAGAGCCUGUCAGUCCUACUUUGGCUGUGUGCAGUGCAUUAGUGGUCCCUUAGGGAUGUACAGAAAUGACUUACUCCAUGAAUUUAUGGAGGACUGGUACAACCAGGAGUUCCUGGGUUCACAGUGCAGCUUUGGGGAUGACAGGCACUUGACAAACCGUGUCCUCAGUCUAGGAUAUGCCACAAAAUACACAGCGAGAUCGAAAUGCCUGACUGAAACCCCAACACAAUACCUGAGGUGGUUAAACCAGCAGACCCGCUGGAGUAAAUCCUAUUUCAGGGAAUGGCUGUACAAUGCCCUGUGGUUCCACAAGCAUCAUUUGUGGAUGACGUACGAAGCAGUAAUCACUGGAUUCUUCCCUUUCUUCCUCAUAGCCACUGUCAUCCAACUUUUUUACCGGGGAAGGAUUUGGAAUAUUCUUCUGUUUCUCCUCACUGUCCAACUCGUGGGUCUCAUCAAGUCAUCUUUUGCCAGCUGCCUGAGGGGCAACAUUGUGAUGAUCUUCAUGUCUCUCUAUUCUGUACUGUACAUGUCCAGCUUACUGCCUGCAAAGAUGUUUGCAAUCGCUACCAUAAACAAAGCGGGCUGGGGGACGUCGGGAAGGAAGACCAUUGUGGUGAAUUUCAUUGGGCUGAUCCCAGUCUCGGUCUGGUUCAGCAUACUUCUGGGAGGGGUCAUGUAUACUAUAUACAACGAGACCCGAGAUCCAUUCUCUGAUUCUGAGCAGACAGUUCUCAUUAUUGGGGCGAUCCUCUAUGCUUGCUACUGGGUCUUGCUGUUAACUCUGUACGUCGUGCUUAUCACCAAAUGCUGCCGGCGGAGAAGCGAGCAGCAAUAUGACAUGGUUCUCGAUGUAUGAUGUUUACACGCACAUGUGUCAGUCUUAUUGACACGUCACAAAAUCUUGAGCAUCUGGUGGCAUUAACAGGUGGUUGUCACCAAAGGAUAUGAAUCAUUGCUGCUGUCACUUCAAGAAAUGCAAUAAAUAUUCAUAUGGUUGUGCCAAAGAAACGAAAGUACCUUUGAUCUGCCAUACAAUUCAGGCUGAAGGAACCAAUCUGUGUGGAGCAAUUGUGACCAUUUUGAUGUCUGCACUUUUAAAAAAAAUCUUUCAUUGGGCAAAAUGCUUGAUGGUGUCUCGGAAUACCUCACCUGCAGUGCUUGUGGAUGGCGGGGUGAACUUUAGCAUUUGAACGCUUGAAACAAUUCUCCUGCCCACUCCUUUAUAUUAAACCUCAGCUGAUGUCUCUUCAAACCAAGCCAUAUUGACUGUGUGCAAGUAAAUGGGCCCUGACUAUACUUCCUCCUUUACAACUAUUGGCUUCCAGGCCUGGAAGUUGACUUUUUUUUUAUAUAUGUUUUUCAGAACAUAGGCUGACGUUGUAGUAUUUUGUGUAAGUUUACCUAUAUUUGUAUUUUCACGGGAACCAGCAGACCGAAUUCUGCCUAUCUUAAUGAUUGUUUGUUUCUAUUUUAAUAAUCAAACCAAAGAUUUAUUGCCAUUAUUAAACCUUUCCUUGAGUGACUUAUGUGAAUAUGUGAAUGAAAAUGUGAAUUGUUGCAACAGCUGAUUUUAUACCAAUGACAAUUUUGAUGUAUUGCAGUAAGAAAUGUCUAGUGUCAUCAAGAAAACAAUUGACCUUGGAUCAUGGACUAAAGUGGAAUUAGAGAACAUCUUUGCAGUUGAUCUGUCUCUUGGUUUCUUUGUUCCUAAAGAGGCAAUUAGAGAGAUAUCACUGCUAGGUUCUGUGAUAGAUUUCAAGCUAGGCAAUUGGAAUUAAGGUCCCACUGUUAACUGCCACUUGGCAUUAACUGUUCCAAGUGGGAUGAGCUUUAUUGGAUCUUGGCUAGACUAGGAAGUGUUACCUGGGAAUCUAAACUCUCCCAACUUGCCAAGGGAUGGGCUAAGGAGAUGUGGGGAAGAAUCAAAAUUGUUUCCGUUCAUACUAUUGCAAGUGUGAGCUGAUAAUGGGAAAGAUAUUGUAGCCCUAGUCUGUUUCACCAUAUCCUUGUCUGCUGAAGUUAAGUGAAAAUGCAAAACCAAAAAUCCUGUGGGCCGACUUAAUAACAAUUUUGACAGAAAGCGAUUCAUCUUUUCCAAAGUCUUGAAAUUAUGCAUGAAUUUAAAUGGAUUGUUGUGGAAUAAUCCCAUACCACUAUAAGAAAGGAAACAUUAGCUUAGAAAAAGAAAUGUUAUAUGAUGUCUGGCAAGACAAUACAGUCAAUGGCUGUAGUACCAGCUGUAGUCCCCUCAACUUCUGUGUGACGACUUGACAUUUCUACAACACAUUUAUGGGCAUAACACACACAUAAUAGCAACUGAAAAUGUUAAAUGCUGAUAACAACAUUGCAAAUGACAUUUUUAAAGAAACAUGAGAUUCUCAUCUUUGUCACUGAAAAGAAAAAGUUUGUGAAUAUACUGUCAUAAGUGAACAAGACACUCUAGUAGGAGGUGGAAUCCAUAGGUUUACAUCUGGGAUUAUGAGUAACUAUAUUGCGUCUGCUAGACGCUGAAAUUUUGUUUACAUUUCCUGGUUAGAAUUGACUUCAUUUUCUGAAGUAAAUAGAAUGAAUGGUAACUUUCUUGGUGUAUUCAGCAUUAUUACAUUUCUUAUUAGAAGAUAAUUUUUGACAUGUUAUUGCAAAUAAUAACCAAAAAUGUACAUGCAAAUCAUUAAAUCUCUUAAAUUUGCAAACAUCUGGAAGUCUUACGUAGCCUAUAUCACUCGUUGUAGAAUGUUAACCCAGCUGCCUGUAUUUAUUUAAGCAAUAUUGCAACAUAUUCCAAAAUACAGAUUGUAAUAGAUAAAGUUAUGAUUCCUACGUGAAUAAAUAUUUUUGA